AUGGACCUGGACGACCUAGACGAACCAAGCAAGGUACGAAAGCCACUCAGCAGAUUCGCGCCCACUUCAAAGAAACCCCAACCAAAAUCAAAACCUAAACCUAAGCCUGAACCUCAGGAAUCAGUACAGGCGGCACCGAAAUCCGAGCCUCCAGUUUCGAACGUAACCGAUGAUGUUAAACAAGACGUUAAGCCUAAAAUUGAUGAUACGGUUUCGACGACGGAAAUGGGGUUUUCUAAUGGUGACGUGAAGAUGGAAAUUGAUGCUAAAGAAGAGAGAGGAGCGGCGGUAAGAGAAAAUGAUCCAAUGGAUGUUGAUAAAGAAGAAGAAGAGGAGGAGGAUGUGGUUGUUCGAGAAAUUGAUGUUUACUUCACUCCGUCUGUCGACCCCAACACUCAGUUGUAUGUAAUGCAAUAUCCACUCAGGCCGUGUUGGAGACCGUAUGAAUUGGAUGAAAGAUGUGAAGAGGUUAGAGUGAAACCUGAAAGUGCCGAAGUGGAGGUUGAUUUGUCUAUUGAUGAUACUAAGAACUACGACCAUGAUGUUGCUAGCAGAUUGAACAUGAAAAAGCAGACUUUGUCUUCCUCAUGGUCGCCUCCUCCUGCUACUGGCUAUGCUGUUGGGGUUCUGAUGGGUAAUAAGUUACACCUGAAUCCUAUUCAUGCAGUGGUGCAGCUUCGGCCAUCAAUGGACUAUCUAAAUUCUGGUGGCUCAAAAGGGAAAAACAAAGCCACAAGUGGUGGAGAUUCCAAUGAGGGGAAACCUUUGGGUCCACCAAAGAAGCAGAGCAAGCAGAUGGGUUCAGGAAAUGAGCAAAAACCAGAUGUUGAGGAGUCUUGGAUUCCUCUGAAGUACCAUGGCUCUAAAAGUGAUUUAUCUUCCAGAUAUCUACAGAAAAUGGUGGCACAAGAAAGUUCAUCCAUUGAGUUUGCAAUGAGCCCGUAUGACUACUUGAGCUCCUUGUGUCCUGCGAUAUCAAACAACAAUGUUAAACCUAAUGGUCCUUCCAGAAGGGUUUUGCUUUCACUGCCUCUGGAAGAACGGAUUAAGAAGUUGUUUUUGGAGGGACCUCCAAUUCAUCGGUUUGCUGCUCUUAAGCAUCUUUCUGGUGAUGACUCCAUUGAAGAUCUCUUAACAGUUCUUCAGGAGUACGGACAAUUAGUGCAAGGCCUAUGGGUGCCAAAAACGAGUUUACUGUUUCCAAACCCAAAGCCAAAUGAAAAGGGUACACUUGCAGCUAGAGAUUAUGUACUUCUUUUAUUUAGAAAGAGUUUGGUGAUCACCAAUUCACAACUUAAUGUCCCAAUGAAGCCUCUCCUUCUGAAAAGCUUCCUGAAUAUAUUUGCUGUUGAAAGACCUUCCUUUAAGGAUUGGAAGUUCAAAGAAAAUAUGGACACGUCAUUUGUAGAACUGUACCCAGACAUUUUUAGAAAGCAAGAUCAAGCUUGGGAAGUCAUGGAGAAAAAUAUAUCCGUUGCUUUCGAUCGAGCUGGAAAAAGUGUGCCUAAGAUUGCGAUAACGAAGCCUAAGAAAACCAUGACAGAUGAAACUCGAGAAGCUCUGCGGAAGGCUUUGCCAAAAGUUCUCCAAACACAUAAGGUUUGCAGUUUUCAAAUGAUUUGCCAAGGUUUGCGAGACUUGGCCAUCUCUCAGUCUACUCUUCCAAAGGCAGAUCCUAGAAUUGCAGUAGCUGCAGCCUCUGGUGCCGAUGCUCCUCCAGAGGAAUUACAAGAAGUCAUAAGUGAAGUCGCAACUAAUAUUCAUGGCUUUUAUGUUUUGAAGUCUUCACCAGAGCACCCAGAUUUUGAUCCAUUGAGGAAGGUUGUAAUUGGUCUUUUACUGGCAAGAGGACCAAAUGCAAACAUUAAGAAGUCAGAAGUCCAAGCAGCAGCCAGACACGAGCUUAAGAGGGAGCCUUCAAACAACGAAUAUAUUAAGGUCAUGACUGAUUUAUGCGAAUCCAAAGGUUCUGCAUGGGUAUUGAAGAGUGGUGAUGGAAAACCAUCAUGA